AUGCAAGAGGAACUUGAACAGUUCAGGAGGAAUGAAGUUUGGGACUUAGUACCAAGACUUGAAGGAACUAAUGUUAUUGAGGCAUUCGCUCCUGUAGCUCACAUGGAAUCUAUCAAAUUACUACUUGGAGUAGCAUGUAUUCUAAAGUUCAAGCCAUUACAAAUGGAUGAUGAUAUGGUCAAACAUUUUGUCAAGCAAAUGCAGUCUGAGUUUGAGACGAGCUUGGUUGGUAAAUUAACCUACUUCCUUGGGUUACAAAUCAAGCAGAUGGAAGACUCUAUUUUUCUUUGCCAAGAAAAGUAUGCAAAUAAUAUUGUGAAGAAGUUUGGGAUGGAGAAUUCCACUCAUAAGAGAACAACUACUCCUACACACUUGAAGCUAUCCAAGGAUGAAAAAAGGGUUAGUGUUGAUCAAAGUCUGUCCAUGAGCAUGAUUCUUCUCUACCUUACUGCAAGCAGACCAUAUAUUACUUUUGUUGUUGGAGUAUAUGCUAGGCAUCAAGCUGAACCUAAAAUAAGCCUUCUCAAUCAAGUCAAAAUAAUUCUGAAAUAUGUGAAUGGUACAUGUGACUAUGGGAUAUUGUAUUCACAUGACCCAAACUCUAAGCUAUUGGGUCAUUGUGAUGCUGAUUGGGCUGGAAGUGCUGAUGAUAGGAGGAGUAAUUCUGGUGCAUGUUUCUUUCUUGGAAACAACUUGAUUUCAUGGUUCAAUAAGAAAUAA